AUGGCACCCAGCAACUUGAACCGCCUCUUUAGCGGCCUGUUGCUCUCUGCCUCUCUCAUUAGCCGAGGACAGGCCAGUGUGACCUGCUCGACAGUGGAAAACAAUGUCCUCUCGAACCCGUCGUUUGAGUCGGGUGACAUGAGCAGUUGGACGGGCCUGUACGCCGCUACUGGACCUACUUGGGACGGUGAAGUUGAAUGCGGCGACGCUUCCGAUGGAGAUUAUUAUUUGACUGGUCUGGCCAAGUCCCAAUACGCCUACAUAGAGCAGCAAAUCUCAACUCUGGUCCCGGGUCAGACGUACACCGUCUCUGUGGACUACAAGUUUCCCUGGACAGGAAGCGGUAGCCCUCCAUCCCAGUACGAUACUUGCUACCUAGGCUUCAUGCUGAAUUCCUGGAGCUACUUCAUUGACAGACAGACCAUGAGGUCCACCGUCAACCCCGAGUGGGCAACCUACACCUUCGCUUGGACACCCACCGUGUCGAGCGCCAAGUUCCUUCUCGUCUGGGCCUGUUCUGCAAGUAGUGAGAACAUCGAUCUGGACAACAUCAAAAUCUACACUACAAGCGAAGUCUGCACCACCAGCACUGCGACCCCGACUGCAACCCCCAGCGCCAUUGCCAGCUCCUCGAUCAAGUCUUCCGCGGCUGUGAUCUCCAGCUCUACUCCUGUUGUCAGUGCUUCUCCCAUUGCUAGCUCCUCGCCCGCGCGCUCCGUCCAGGUUAGUCCCAGCUCGACGCCAUUGAUUCCAUCCUCGAAGCCGGUGCCUUCUUCCGCCAAGCCUGUGCCUUCUAGCAGUGCUGCUCACUCGCCUUCUGGACGCCCCACGACCUUUACUCCUAUCUCGACCGUUCCCUCGAGUCGUCGUCCUAUUUCGUCUACUGCUAAGCCUUGGUGGACUCCCCGUCCCUCAGUUACUGUUUCUCCGUCGUCGGUUCCUUCGAGCUCUAGUAUCCACCCUGGUCACGGAGGCGGCCCUGGCUCUGGUCAUGAAGGUGGCUCUGGGUCUGGUCACAACAACGGCUCUGGAAACAACAACGGCUCUGGAAACAACAACGGCUCUGGAAACAACAACGGCUCUGGAAACAACAACGGCUCUGGUUCUGGCCACCAAGGCGGCUCUGGCUCUGGUUCUGGCUCUGGUGGAUCCCCUCCCCGUCUCACCACAUCUACAAUCGUGGAGACCCGGACAAGCACGAUCACUGCCUGCCCUGAAACCAUUACCGACUGCCCAGUCCACUCGCGCACUACCUAUCUCACUACCGAGACUGUCGUGGUGGGCACAACUGUCUGUCCUAUCACUGAAGGUGCUCAGCCCACCGGUACCUCGUCUGGCUCCGGCUCUCAGCCUGGCCAGGGCGGAAACAAUGGCAACGGGAUUACCGAGAAGUUGACUACCUCGACUGUCUUCACUACUCGCACCUCGACUAUCACUGCCUGCCCUUCGUCCGUGAAGGACUGCCCUGCUUCUGAAAAGUCAACUUAUGUCACAACUGAAACUCUGGUUGAUUAUACUACUAUUUGCCCCGUCACGGCUGAGGCAACUGAGACUGCUAGCGCCACUGUUUCGUCGUCUACUGGCUCUGGCUCUACUGGCUCUGGCUCUACUGGCUCUGGCUCUACUGGCUCUGGCUCUACCGACUCUGGCUCUACCAGCUCUGGCUCUACCGGCUCUGGCUCUACCGGCUCUGGCUCUACCGGCUCUGGCUCUACCGGCUCUGGCUCUACCGGCUCUGGAUCCGGAUCAUCUAAGAUCGAAGUCAUCACCAACACCAUUUACUCCACAAGCACCGGCAUCUCAACCACCGCCACCAUUGCUAUCUCUACCGAGGUCGUGACUGUUACUAUCGUCCAGCCCUCCAGCACCGCUACCAUUGGCGCUGGUGUUGGUGCUAUUGGCGCGUCGCCAGUCCACAGCAGUGCAAACGUUAAGCCCACUCCCUCUAGCUUUGCCACUUGGGGCUCUUCUGUCCCUCACAAGAGCUCCGGUGCUUCCAGCUCUUCGUCUUCUUCAGCUACUAGCCCUGCCUCUCCUGUCUACACCGGCGCCGCUAUGGCUUCGUUCACCUUCUCCACUGGCCUUUUGGGCAGUGUAGCUCUUCUUGUUAUGGGUCUUGUUAUCUAG